GUGCAGCAUGUUCCCUAUUAGUUCCAGUCCAGUAACAAUUAAGUCAGUCCUCAGAUUUCCUCAUUACAUUUCUUGAAAGAUAUGUCAUUUUACAUUUUUACAUUUCAACCCAGUCUUUUCUUCCCUGAGGUAAACAGAAACUAGACCAAAUGAUAAGCAUCUCCCUUAGAGGAAGUAUUCUUUUUUGCAGUGGGAAGACUCAUGUUUGUCACCUGGGGAGGGCCGGCAGUCACACACGCUGAGCAUAGAGCAGACAGGCAGGUUCCUUCUAGGGGAAUGAAAAGAUGCUCUCAAGCUCCUUGGACUAAAUAAAUCAGAGUGACACUCGUUGAGGGGUUUUACUUGCUUUCUGAUAUUGUGGGGAGCCAGUCAGAAAAGGCAGAAUGCGGGACAUGCUUGAGAGGCUGCAGACCAUUCAUGAGGAGGGGGUGGACUACGAGCCAGAGUUUUGUGGACUUGAGUAUGACGAAAACAAGGUGUCUCUGUCUCAAGAGGCGGUAGUGUUUGGGAACUCCCCAGAUAUUGACAGCAUCCUUGACAAGGCCCACUCUAUACGCAAGGAGAUCUCCUUGCUCCGCUUAGAGGUGGAGCGUCUGAGUGCCCACAAUGAACGCUUUGGCACCUCUGUCCGCCGCCUCACCCUACUCAAAAAGGACUCUGACUCUAUCGCCAAGGGGAUCCAGCAACGCGGGGAGGCUGUGUACGCUCGCCUCCAGGCUCUGGGUACAGAGAGCAAGCAGCUGGAGGAGAAGGAAGGUCCUCACUCUGCUGUUGGCCGCAUCGCCCGUGUUCAGUACGACACACUCACCCGUGCCUUCCAUGAUGCCAUGGGUGACUACAACAUGGCCGAGGAAAUGCAGAGGAAGACGUGUCGGGGGCGAAUCCAGAGGCAGGCCUCCAUUAUGGGGACUGAAAUCACUGAUGACCAACUAGACGUGCUGGUAGACAAAGGGGGUGAGGGCUGGGCUGAGCUGUCUGACAGCCUGCAGAAACGAGGUGCAUGCUCGUCCCGCUGGGCGCUGUGUGAGAUCAAAGGCAGACACAAGGAGCUGGUGGAGCUGGAGGCCAGGCUGAAGGUGAUCCAUGAUUUGUUCCUGCACAUGGCCGUGCUGGUGGAGGAGCAGGGAGACAUGCUCAAUCACAUUGAGACCAAUGUGUGUGGCACUCAGGAAUAUGUUGAACAGAUCAAUGUUCACAUCAAGAGGGCCCUUCAGUACAAGAGGAAAAAUCCUUUGCAGCAUUGUUGCCCUUGUCUACCCUGCUGGAGACGCAACCAAACCUUUUAGGACUUGUUUUGAUGAAGUUUUAUGGAUGAUUUAAUAUGGAAAUAAACAUUUAUCUAUGUACAGAAAAAAAGGAAAACUAAAAAUAAAUGUGUAAGAACAGGGACACUAAUGAGCGCAAAAUGUCACUGAAACAGUUUUGCCUAUAAGAGACUCACGAUGUAUUUCUAGAGUUGAUGUGUGAAGCUUGAAAUUGUAAAAGGUUUGGAGUUACCAGCUGACUAAAAUCUGAUGUACAGUAAAAUAACUCUUUCUGUUAUUCGGAUCAGAGAAUUAAUCUAAUUGUGGAUGUGGGUUCAUGGGAGGAGAUUAUACAUUUUAAACUGAUGUGAUUUAAAUUUAAAUUGAAUGGAAUAGUUUACAUUUUGAGCAGUUCAAUGACACUAAAUAAAUACUGAUUUAGUAAACGACA